AUGGGUCGGUUUAGAAAAGCCAUAGAAAAGAUCCAAGCCCCCACCGAGCCUGGGCUUUCAACAGCCCAGCUCAUGUUGGUAAAUGACGACCUUAAGCCAGUCGACCCAGAGCGCCGUCAAUGGAGAUGGCUCAAUUUCGUUGCCUUUUGGAUCGCAGAUUCAUUGAACGUUAAUACCUGGAUGAUUUCGUCCUCCAUGAUAGUCGAUGGCUUAUCCUGGUGGCAAUCAUGGCUAUGCGUCUGGAUUGGGUAUAGCAUUGCUGGCCUUUUUGUCUGCUUGCUCGGCCGAAUCGGUUCGAUUUACCGUAUCCCAUUUGCCGUGGCGAAUCGUUCAUCCUUUGGGAUUUGGGGUUCUUUCUGGCCCAUCCUCAAUCGCGCGUCUAUGGCGGUCAUAUGGUAUGGAGUACAGACAUAUCUUGGAGGUAUGUUCUUCGACUGGAGCCGCUUAGUCAUCCAUGGAUCAAGAGCCACAUUGGUAGUAGAUAGUAGUGAAUGUGUCACAUUAAUGAUUCGGGCAAUCUGGCCAAGCUACAAUAAUCUGCCCAUACGAUACCUGCAGGUGCAGUUCGUGAGCUUCUUCUUGUUCUGGCUGGGCUCGCUCCCUGCCCUAUGGUUCCCAAUCUACAAGAUCCGACAUCUGUUCACCGUGAAGGCUUACUUUUCUCCGGCCUGUGCCUUUGCAUUCUUUGGUUGGGCUAUUGCUCGUGCGCAUGGUCUGGGGCCAAUCAUCACGCAAUCCAAUACUGUACAAGGUAGCACUCUCGCAUGGGUGUUUAUCAAAAGUAUUAUGAAUUGUAUUGCGAACUUCGCUGCCCUUGUCAUUAACAAUCCGGAUUUCGCUCGUUACGCUCGAAAGCCACAAGAUGCUCUAUGGCCACAGCUUAUAACAAUCCCAGUCGGCUUUGCUAUAACAUCAUUUAUUGGCAUCAUCGUCUCCUCUUCGUCAACGGUUAUCUUUAAUCAGCCGGUCUGGAAUCCGUUAACUUUGCUAGGGAUGUUCCUGAGAGAAUGCAACCUCGGCGGAACGAUUCGUGGCUUCGCAUUGGCUCAGUUAGGAACGAAUAUCGCCGCUAAUUCAGUAUCUGCUGGUACGAACCUCACUGCGCUUCUUCCUCGUUUUUGUACGAUUAGAAGGGGUGGCUAUUUCUGUGCGGCUAUUGGUCUGGCCAUGUGUCCUUGGACCCUGGUUGCAUCUUCGAACAACUUCACUAUCUACCUCUCUGCCUAUUCUGUUUUCCUAUCAUCUAUCGCCGGAGUGAUGGCUAGUGACUACUUUUUGGUCCGCAAGGGUUAUCUUGAUAUCGAACAGCUCUAUAGCGCAGACAAGAAUGGCCCUUACUACGGUAUAUAUGGGGUUUCGUGGCAUGGUUAUGCCGCCUACUUCUGUGGUAUCUUGAUCAAUAUUGUUGGAUUUGCCGGAGUCGUUGGUGCAAAUGUUCCCGCUGGCGCCAUCUAUAUUUACAACCUUAACUAUUUCACCGGAUUCAUUGUCUCAGCAGGAGUAUACUGGAUAUUGGCUACGCUCGUCCCUCUUCCAUUGACUAGCAAGUCUUGGAACGAGAUCCCUUACGAAGUGUCACCUCUAUCCGAUUUGGAACUGAAGAAACAGGGGGUGGAAGGAGCGGAGCACAUGGAGAAUGUUUAA